AUGGACGUCAAGUUCCCAAAGGUCGUUGAUGAGGUGGAGGAUGACGCUCACGUUGCAGCGGUCAUGGUUGCUGAGCGAGAGAGAGAGAAAAAGCUAAUCCGGAAAAUUGACCUUCAGCUUCUUCCGAUUCUCUUCCUCAUGCUCAUCGCCGCCUUUCUUGAUCGAAUCAACAUCGGAAACGCUCGACUCUUCGGCCUGGAAAGCGACCUUAGCAUGCAAGGGGAUCAGUUCAACAUUGCACUCUUCGUUUUUUUCAUCCCGUACAUAUUGUGCGAGCUUCCGGCCAACAUUCUGUUGAAGAAUCUCAAGCCUUACAUCUGGCUCAGCACUAUGAUGAUAGGGUUUGGUAUCCUCACAAUCUGCCAAGGUCUGACUCGAAGCUUUGGCGGACUUGUGGCUUGUCGGUUCUUCAUUGGUGCUUUCGAGGCUGGCUUCUUUCCAGGCUCUUUGUACUUGAUCUCCAUGUACUACAGGCGAUACCAAGUUCAAACUCGCUUGACAUUCUAUUGGUCGGCUGGUGUAUAUGCAGGAGGAUUUAGUGGGCUACUUGCCUAUGGCAUCGGCCACAUGGACGGGGUUGGCGGUUACCGGGCCUGGAGAUGGAUAUUUCUCAUUGAAGGCGCUGUCACGGUUUUCAUCGGCGUCAUGGCCUUUUUCAUCAUUCCAGACUGGCCAGAGACGGCGAAAUUCCUCAAGCCAGAGGAGAGAACCUUGCUGCUAUCCACGCUACACGAGGACUCUGGACCAGCGGUCAUGAAUCGUCUCGACAAGAAGGCCAUGAAGCGAGCUUUCUCUGACUGGAAGAUCUACCUCGGAUUCUUUAUGUCGCUGGCAUGGUCAGCCGCAGCAUACUCGCUUGCACUGUUUACUCCAACUUUGCUAAAUGGGUUUGGAUGGUCACCCCUGCGCACCCAGCUCAUGACAAUCCCCGUUUUUGUGGUUGGAGGUACCCUGUCCAUCGUCAUUGCUAUGCUCUCAGACUUCAUGAAGCACCGCUUCUGGUUCAUCAUCGCAAUGUAUCUCGGAACUCUUCUCGCCAUUGUCAUCAUGUUCACAGGUGCAAGAGUCACCAUCGGAGUCCGAUAUAUGGCGAUCUUCUUCCUGGGCACCUGCAGCCCUACCGGGACAUCCCUGGCCGUGGGCUGGAUUAACAACAACAUGGGCGGUCACUACAAGAGAUCAAUUGGCGUUGCAAUUCAGGUCGGCUUCGCGAAUCUCGGCGGAAUCAUCGCCAGUAACAUCUUUAUCAAGCGUGAAGCUCCUUUUUUCAAAACGGCGUUCUCGGUUCUGAUCGGCAUCAUCUGUAUGGGCAUUUGUAUCGCAAUCAUAUUCGUCCUCUUGCUUAUUCGCGAGAACCGGAAACGUGAGCGCGGAGAAAGGGAUCAUCGCCUGCAGCUGCCCGAAGAUGAGCGUGGAAAUCUCGGCGACGAUCAUCCCACCUUCCGUAUGGUUUACUAA